GAACUAGAACUUAACCGACAAUAGAUUGCGAUUAAAAAAAAAAUAUAUAAACAGAUUGUAUAGAAGAUACUGAUGUGAUUUAAGCGUAGAUGCUACCACUUGUGGUUGCUGUACAUAUAAGGGAUUAAAGCAAUACCUUAGUACUUAUGACCAUAGAUUUAUGCAUGUAUAUAACGACAUCCGACUUUACUGGAUUUGCGAUGAGGUUCUAUACGGGGUAAAGGGGUAUGGUAGUGAAUUGCCUCUAGAAUCCCGUGACUUGGUUGCUUCACAUCAGGCUCCAAUAAAUUUAAUCGCCUUUUGAAAGUGUAUACCAGUAACUUGAUAUCAAUUGUAACAAAAUGUGAAUUUCUAUUAAGAGAUGAUUGAUCUAUCAAUCUUCAAUAAUCAUUCAAUGGAAUGUGAAUUAAAAUAAGAUACAAAAUUAUAUAGCAGUGAUAUUUUUUAUUUUGUUAAUUCUAUAUGAUUCAACAAAGCCUUGAUUUAAAAAGUUAAAAAUUCUUUCAUGAAAUAAAGAUGAUUAGCCAAUUUCUUGUAUAAAUGAUCAGAAUAGUAGUCAGGUCAUUAAAGUGAAUAAAACAAAAGGCAUGAAGAAUAGAAAUGAAUCUGAAGAGAAUAUGAAUAUAUUUUUUUUUACUAGUUACAUAAUAGUCUAGAUGGAAUGCGUAAUAAGCAUUCAUAAUUAAUAUCUUAGAGAGUUAUUCGAGAUGUUCUAUUGAUCAACAUAAUGAAUAAUGAAUCUCAAAUCAAACAUUUUAGGACUACUGCUUUCAGGAGUUGUAAUUAUAGCAGCACCUUUGUCCAGUGUUCAUGUCAAAAUAUUUUCUCCUCCUCAUGUCUACGAACACCAAUUUACCACUAAUGGUCAAACUACUGUCAGCCAGAAUGCUUUUUUAGCUAUAGGACGUCAAGUAGCAAAGUUUGGGAAUACAAUAUCACCAUUUGGAUCAUCUCAAGGUGUACAACAGUUUUGGCCAGCUGGAGUUUUUGUUGUACCAGGAAAUGAUAAUAAUUAUGGAUAUAAAUCUCGAAUUAUCACGGAUAGAACUUUUGAUUCUGACAAUCGUUUAGAUAACUCUGAUCCAUUUUUACUGACUGGACCAGCAGCUAUGCUUGCAGUUGCAUAUCUCUAUGGUCGAGGAGGACCAUUUUUCCAUGAAAUACCACAUGAAAAAUCUUUACUUGAAAAACAAAAAGACCGAGAAAUCAAUGGACUUCCUGGUAAUAUACUCGGUAGUAUUAGAUUUGGACAUCCUUUUUGUAGAGAUUGUGAAUAAUAAUGUAUAUUUAGUAGCAUCAAUUCAAUUUA